AUGGCACCCUUACUUCAUAGGAAGGAUGUAGAGAAGCCAAAAGCAGACCAGGGAUGUAUACGAUCAAGUAAUUUGGAAGGUACAAUUCAACAUCUUCUUGAUAUGGGAGGAGGAAACUGGGAUAGGGAUACAGUUGUUCGUGCUCUUCGUGUUGCUUUCAAUAAUCCAGAAAAAGUUGUUAAAUAUCUCUAUUGUAACUCCCGCCAGCUGCCAGAGUUUCACCACUGCCAGGUCUGCAGGCUGCCCAGCCCCCGCCAGCUACAGUUGUUCCUCCAAGUGGACCAAAUUCAAACCCUUUGGAUCUCUUCACUUAGGGACUUCCUGACAUGGGCACAAAUGCUCCUGUUGGUGCUGCUGGCAACUUGGAUUUUCUACAUAACAGUCCAUAGUUUCAAGCACUUCAAGCCAUGGUGCAGGUUAAUCCCCAAAUCUUGUAGGAAAGUUUUGAUUCAGAACAAUUUCAAGAUCAUCAUUCAGUUGAGUUGGGAUGUUGGAUUUAACGAUGAUUGGAACAUUGGGAUGCUUGAAGAGUUCAAGGCAAAAGAUAGUGAGGCUAAGAGACAUGAUGAAGGGUUUUAG